AAAAAAAGAAGUUUUUUGGUUCAAAAGCAAUGCGUGACUAUUUUUAAAGGUUGUCUUUCUUGAAAGCGUCAUUUUUAUUUUUUAUUUUUUGUUAUUUUCUUAAACGCGAACUUACAUCAUGUCUCGAUCACCUGAAAGAAUGAACAUUGACGAAGGUAAUCAAUGCCAUAACUCAUCAAUAGUUUAAACACAACAUGCAUAGAUGUCAGAACAAGAGGAAGAGGAUUCUCUAGUGGUAACCGACGUGGCAUGCAAGAUGAAACAGAACCUGUUCGUUCUAUUGAAGGAUGGAUUGUGAUUGUACGUGGACUUCAUGAAGAGACAGAAGAAGAAGCCUUGUCUGAACGUUUUAUGGAAUAUGGUACGAUCAAGAACAUUCAUUUGAAUUUGGAUAGACGUACAGGUUAUGUUAAGGGUUAUGCAUUUAUUGAAUAUGAAGCACGUAAAGAAGCAGAGGCAGCUAUUAUGGAAGCAAACGAUGAAAAGUUCCUUGGAGAGACAAUCAAAGUCGACUAUGCUUUUGUUAAAGGACCUUCUGUUGAUAGACAUGAUCGUAGACGUGAUCGAAGUUUAAGUCCUGCAAGAGAUUAAAUAUAUAUAAAAAAAAAUAAAGAAGCCCGCAUUUCUUUUUUUCUUUCUUA